AGGGUUUUUUUUUUUUUUUAUUUAUACUUUUUAUUCAUUUUGGUUUCUUCCUUUUGAUCAUCUUCUUCAUAUAUUGGAGUCCUGAAUACAGCUUAUCUGGGAUAACAUGGGGCUCAAGAAUCUUCAUCUCAGGCUCAAGGCAUUUAGGCUGAGACAGCUGCUGGUGGGUGAUUCAAGGAGCAAGAAAAGACGGUCUCUUACCACCCAGAAGCCGUCUUGGAUGGUGCCUAUUUCUCAUGGGUAUCAUGUAAUCGAGGAUCGAUCUUUCGGAGGAGCUUGUAAUUGUGGUUUCGAGGAGGAAAAUUCAGACUCUGUGGUGGUGCAGAGAGAGCAGAUUGAAGAGAUGGAAAUCUGGUUUUUUGGAGUUUCUGACAGUAGAAUCGGUGAUGGAAUUACGAAGUACAUGCAAUCCCAUUUCUUUGACAGGAAGCCCAAAGAGUCCCAAAUAAGUAGAAAGAGCAAAGAAGCAAUGAAGAAGGCAUACCUGGGCGCAAAGGCAAAGGUGACAGAAAUAGAGAACGCAGAUGAGGCUUGGAAAGUGGGUUCAGCAUCAGCCAUGGUGAUGAAUGGGGAAAAGCUGGUGCUGGCUAACAUGGGUGAUUACAGGGCUGUUGUGUGUAAAGAUGGUGUGGCUCACCAGAUUGGCAGAAAGCACCGCCACACAGGCAAACAAAGUUGGAUUCGUAGACUCAUCUCAGGUGCUUUCCACAUGCCUAAAGUUCGCAUGUUGGCAUUCAACUCGGGCACUACAGGGGAUGAUAGGCAACCUAAAAGCUUGGGAGUGUUUGUGGGUGCUGAAAGUAUUGAUUCCAAUACAGAAUUUAUCAUCUUGGCAAGCACUGGCAUAUGGGAGGUGAUAAAGAAUCAAGAGGCUGUGAAUCUCAUCAGGCACAUAGAGAAUGCACAAGAAGCUGCUGAGUGCUUAGCAAAGGAGGCUUUAACUAGAAUGAGUAGGAGCAACAUUUCUUGUUUGGUCAUUCACUUCGACUGACUCAUUCAUACACUGCUGUUGCCAUCAUUGCUCAGACUCAGAGUUCAUGAAUAGACAUUUUGUAUGGUAAAUAACAGUAAGCUAGAGAGACCGGAGAGAUUUUUAUAAACAGGAAUUUAGUGUGCGUGUGUGUUGUUUUUACGUGUGAUUUCGCGCUUGGCGACCGUUGCCCUGCAA